AUGCGCGAACGAGGGAGUCAUAAUCAACGACGUCGAUCGUCGGCACAAACAAUAACAUCUACAACUAAAACUGAUCUGGAAUCCAUCAGAUAUUGUCCAAAUGACACGGCGAGAACACGAAAGAUCAAGUUUAUCUUUCGAAUGUAUGAUGUUGAUCAUGAUGGACGACUAUCGAAGGAGGAUGUGCAGGAAAUUUUGAAGAUGAUGGUUGGACAAAUUAGUGACGAGGAAGCAUCGAUCAUUGCUGAGAAAGUCGUCGGAGAAUUUACAGAAAGACAAACUAACUCAACGGUAUCAUUAGAAAAUUUCGAAUCAACUCUUCAUACAUUAGACUUCAAUGAUAAAAUGGGUUUAAAACUCUUGAAAUAG